UUCUGGUCUCCGCCGAGUGUCCUGCGUAUCCUGCGUCUCUCUGCCGAGUGUCCUGCGUAUCUUGCGUCUCUCUGCCGAGUGUCCUGCGUGUCUUCCGUGUCUCCGACGAGUGUCCUGCGUAUCUUCUGUGUCUCUGCCGAGUGUCCUGCGUGUCUUCCGUGUCUCUGCCGAGUGUCCUGCGUAUCUUCUGUGUCUCUGCCGAGUGUCCUGCGUAUCUUCCGUGUCUCUGCCGAGUGUCCUGCGUAUCUUCCGUGUCUCUGCCGAGUGUCCUGCGUGUUCUUCGUGUCCGUGCCAAGCGCCCUGCGUAUCCUCCGUCCUGCGUGUCCUUCGUACCAGCCGAGUGUCCUGCGCCACCAUGCCCGCCACCACCGCGCCGCGCCCCUGCCGCCAGAGUGCCUCCGGGUCGACGUCGGCCAGGCGCACCUGCGGCCCCACGGUUCCCCGGCGCCGCAGCUCCUCCAACACCGACGUGGUCGUGAAGCUGAGCGUGGUCCGCCGCGCCGCCUCCGGGGAGGACAAGGAGGCCCUCGCCAGAGAGGUCGGCGUUUCCCUCAAGACCCUGAAACGCUGGUGCAAGGCCUCCGAGUCCCUGGCGCAGUUCGAGGUCACCGCCAGCCACAACCGCGCCAGGAACAGAAGGUUCCCGGUGCUGCCCGACUUGGACAAGGCCAUGCUCGAGUGGGUGGUGCAGCAGCGCGUCCGCGACAGCCGGCUCCACGGCGGCCACAUCACGGAGAAGGCGAGGCAGGUCAACGCGGCGCUGGGCGGGCCGGCCUCCUUCAAGGCCAGCAACGGCUGGCUCAGGUGCUUCCUGCGUCGCCACGGCCUCCACCGGCGGGUUUCCGCCGCCGAGCCUGCAGCGGGGGAGCACGACGACAAUCAAGAUGAUGUCGCCGGAGAGCAGGUGUCUGCCGCCGAGUCUGCAGCAGAAGUGCACAUGGACGAUGCUGAAGAUGCCUCCGGAGGGGAGGUGUGGCAGCCAAUCCAGCUGUAGCGGAGCUCCCCACCUCCCCCGAGGAGCACUUCGACGACGACGACGUCUCCGGGGAGCAGGAGUCCGGAGGGAAGUUGCCCGCGGCCGGUGCUGCUGCAGAGAAGCAACCCUCCUCGCCGGAGCAGCACCCCGACGACCCAGACGACGGCGGGGAGGAGCAGGAAGGCGAGCCCAGCUACAUGGAGGUCCUCACGGCGACGUUCGGCGGCGGUCGUAACCGACACCUACUCGAUGCCAUGCAAGCCUUUGCGGAGGACAGGAACAUCACGCUGGCGGCUGAUCUCCUGGACGCCCUGAGCCAGAUUUCGUCGGGGGAGUAUAGUUGGUGAUUGUUAUUCGUUAUUUUUAUGGAUGCAAGCGAAGUUUUUCCGUCUAUGAAUCUCAGCGAAUUGUUGUAGUUUCGUCAGUGCCUUGUUUGCUGGUUGAAAACCGUUACUGAAAAUCUCCUUUUAAUGCUACUAUUUCCCCUUUUAAAAAUAUUUCACAACACUUUUUGUCUCAAAGUUGACGAUUUUUAUUCACUUUUUUGUUUUGUUUUUGAUAAUCUAUGUAAGCAAAGCGUUUAAUUAUUGUAUGUCACUGAAUUGUCAGUAUUGAGUAUUAAAAUCUGUUAUCAAACA